UGGUACUUACUGGCUAUGUGGCCAGCAGGUGACAUGCAAGGAAAAACAGACAAAACAAGGCCCUCUCUGAGAACUCUGAAGAAAGACGCAGCCAAGCCAGAGCAAUCCAAGUACAAGCCACUUUAUGGGAAGGUGUUUUACCUCGAUGUUCCGUCCAACGUGAUUUCUGAAAAAUUAGGGAAGGAUCUUAAGGAACUAGGAGGGAGAGUGGAGGGAUUUCUCAGCAAGGAUAUCAGCUAUCUCAUUUCUAAUAAAAAGGAAGCCAAAUUUGCUCAGAGCCUUGGACAGAUUUCCCCAGUUCCUAGCCCAGAAUCUGCCCACUAUGGAGGAAAUAGUUCACUUCAUCCUAGCACCAGAAGAGAUCGAGAUGAUAGAAGUUCAUUUAAAAUGGUGGAUACAGUACGUGUGAGUAGAGGAAAAUCCUUAGUUGAAAAAGCAAUCAAAGAGCAGGAAUUAAUCCCCUCAGGUAGCAUACUGUCCAAUGCAUUGAGUUGGGGAGUGAAGAUACUUCAUGUUGAUGAUAUUAAAAAUUAUAUUGAACAAAAGAAAAAGGAGUUCUGUCUGAUCAAGAAAGAAGGCACUUCAGGCAAAGAUGUGGGAAAACGAUGCGCUAAUCAGAAAUCAAAAACAGGGAGACUGAAAAAUCCAUUUGUGAAGGUAGAAGACAGAAGCUGCCACUACAGACCAUUUUAUCUGCAGUUAUCCAGCUUUCCAGUUCUCAACUAUUCUGCUCCAAAGCCUUAUAGUCCAUUUGAGGCAGAUAAGAAGACUAAUGCCAGCCAAAAGCAAAUUCAGUCUAAACAAAGAAAUAAAACAAAUAGUGACAAAGAUAUUCCUGUGCAACUCCCUCUAAAGGACAAGAGAAAGAGAGGGUAUUGUGAAUGCUGUGUGAAGAAAUUCGAAGAUCUCCAAACUCACCUGGAAAGUGAACAGCACCAAAACUUUGCACAAAGUACCCAGUAUCAAGUUGUGGAUGAUAUCAUUUCCAAAUUUGUUUAUGACUUUGUGGAAUAUGGAAAUGAAACACAGAAAAGUAAAAGGACAAAAUGUAGUAUGGGAUGCUUUUCUCCUAUUACCGGAAAUGUAACUAAUACAGGUGAACUAAAAGAUCAGCUGAAAAGGCAGAACAUUUCUUUGAAGCAUUACUCCUGGAAAGAUAAAAAAAUACAGGCGCUAAAGCAAGAUCAUAAACAUAUAUCCUCAAGUUUUGUACAAAAACAUCCAUGUUCUGAAUCAGCGUGUCAGAUUCCUGCAUGUCAUCUGUCUUGUGUUUCAGAAGUAGUAAGUAAAUUCAGAAAUGAUGAUGAAAAUGGUAAAGUGGAAGAUUCCUGUACUACAGCCUCAAAAAAGACUGAUUUAUCGCCAGAUUUUGUGCAGCUAUCUCCCCACAGAGACAAUGCAACAUAUGUAGAGAACUUACCUGAAGCUUAUGAACAUUGUAGUAAUAAAGCAUUGGAAACUGAAGUAAAUUUAGAUAGAAAGAAUUUACAAAGUGUACAGGCAGAUAUACCUACAUUAUGUACUCAUGCCCAAGGCACUGAUUUUAGUGAAAAAGACAAAAAUACAUCACAGUCAAAACGCAAAUUAAAUAACACUGUUAUUUUACCAGCAAAAUGUUUGAAGAAAACAAGUGCCACUUCAUCAUUUAACAAAAAAUAUAUUGAUUUUGUUGAUGAUCCCCUGCAGACAGAGCAUACUAUAGGUCUGAAGACCAAGCUACCACAUACUGUUACAGAUAAAGAACUUAAUGAACUAGCUGUUAAUUGUGCACACAGUUCACCUUCUGGAAAGCUACAUAGAAAAGUAAAAUUUUCCUCAGGAAGACAUAAAAGAGGAAAUCGGAAACAGAAACUGGAGUUGUGUGUAAAGCAAGCUGAAGAAUUGUCUGUUAAAGAAAUGAAAGACCACUGUUCGCCUGUGCAGACUCUUUGGGAAUUAUUUCAGACAAGUGAAGGGAAUUCAGAUUUUGUAGGUUUUAUUAGUUAUUCUGAGAACAAAGAUUCAACUGACAUGAAAGAGAUUUGCGAGGGACAAAAUACCAAUACACUGUGGUCGUUUUUUUCACCUUCCUCUUCAUCCUCAUCCACAUUUAUUGGAUUUUAAUGUUUCUUUAUUUAAAACAGCAGCUUCUGAAUAAACUCAAACUGAUAAGGAUUUAUUCAUGGAGUCUUUAAUGUAUUUUAAAUUAUGUACAGAUGUUCUUUGUGUUCAGUUUCUGGUAUACUGAGUGUGCAUGCAAAACCUUAUGCCUAUAAAUGUGAAGAAUAAAGGUAAUACAGAGAUUUUUUUUCUUUAAAAAUUACCAGAGGUGGUAAAAAGGGUAUGACUUAGAGAUACUGUAUUUACAUUAACUACUAAACACGAUCAAUAAACUUCAUAUAGUAACCUUUUUGUUAAUUUUGAAACCAUUGUUGGAUGUGAAUAAUUAUUUCUGUAUUAUAAAUUGUUGAAAGUUGUCCUCUUGUUCCUAGAGUUCUCUUCUCCUUUUUAUUAGAAAACUGAAACAAUAUUAUAUGCUUUUCUCUUACUUCUGCGGGAAUUCUCAUAGGGAAGCUGUACAGUCAAAAUACAGAAGAAACCACAGGUCUGAUAAGUCAAUUAAUGCUAUUCAAGUUUGUAAUGGGAGUUUAUUUGAUUUGGAUCUCCAGAGUCAUCAGAAUUGAAGGCAUUGUUAACAUUUGAUCUUUGAACAGGCCCUCCCAUUAAGGUGACAGUAGAACAGAAGAUGGUCACAAGAGAAUUCUUGAAAUUACUGCAAAAGCUGAGAUUUAUUUUUUUUAGAUCAAGUGACGAUUAUGCAGUGACAGCAUUCAGUUUUGAUAUCUUUACCUGAUGAAUGUACUAUUGCAGUAGCUACUACUUCAGUAUUGACUUGGUGCAUAUGUGCUGACAUAAAGUACUAGUUGUAUAUUUCAGGCAAUAAGAAACAAACUUUCUCGUAAAUAUAUUUAUUUUAUAUUAUUUUUCAUUUUUUUAUCAAAGCAGUUGGUUUCUGGUUGACUGUUUGUUUGGGUGGGUUGUUUUUGUUUUUAUUUACUGGUUUGACAUUAAAUGGGUAUCCAAUAUGCUUAAAGUACAUAGUUGGGAGGUCUGGAUUUGUUUUGGGUUUUUUGCCUUUGGACUUCCUACUGACUUGAACUUGCACAGACUCUCCGCUUCUCCUAAAUAUGUGAUGGACAUGAUGUAAUAAUAGCAGUGAUGCUCAGUCUAUCUGGCCCCAUGGGCCUGAUCCAGCACAGGGUUACUCUACAUGUGCAAUCUGCUGCACUGACCUGACCUUGGCUUGAUUCUGGGAGCAAUUAAUGCUGCCACCCUUUUCCUACUGCCAAAUUUUUGGGCCCAUGUGGGGAGCUCCAGGGGCCAUAGGUUUGGCACCUGUGAAUAAUAUAGCCUCAACAGGGAUCAUUGCAAGGUUUUAGCUUACUAUUGUAUAUAAAGUGCCUUAAGGCCUACAGAUAGUGUAUGCAUUUAAAAUUACUAUUAAUACAUUUUGUAAAAAAAAAGUCACUUCAAUAUUUUAUCUAAAACAUUUUGUAAAGUCUGUUUAAGAUGUGAUCUCCUGAUUAGUACUUUCAGUAUCUGGAAGGUUAUUUUUCAUCAUUAGAGAGGCAUUGUUUUAUCAGACUUAUGGCAGGUUUGGGUUACUUUUAGACUUUUAGGAGGCGUUGCGGUGCAAUACGCUUGCUUUCUUCAUUUUGCUUUUACCCAAACUAGGUUGAGUUUUCAAAGCUUUAUGGCUAAAGUGGCUCCUUGCAUAGGAGUAACAAUUGCCUUGCCAUCAUUUUCUGCAGGUUAACUUUGAUUCUUCAUAUUCUGAUAUCAUCUCAUUUGAAGAGGUAAAAAAAUUGCCAUUGUAGCCAUCUAUUCAGUGUGCAAUUCUUGCCAGUUUUAUGAUGCUUUGGAGAAGAGAUUUGUAGCAAGAAAAUAUUGGAAGGUAUAAUUAGAGUUUAGAUGUGGAACAGAGUAAACAAAACAAACUUUUGGGGUUUGGUAUGUGUCUGCGUGCUUUUUUCAUGUACAUGCCCUACACUAUAUUUUUGUUAGCUUGCUAAUAAAGUCCCAUGAAUUGAACUAUAAAGUAAAACUUAUUGGUAAGUAGUUUGUAUAUGGGCCCACUAAUAUUCAUAAAAACAGACUUGAGCUCCAAGCCACAAGUUUUAAAUGUAAUUUUUUUUCUAGGUUUAAAUGUUUUUUACCCAUUUUUCUCUUAGGAAUUUUGGCUGUGAUUGUUAAGUUCAAGGUCAGUUUGGAAGUAUGUACCUCCCUGUUUUAACUUGUGUUUGUAGACAAAAAUAUAAUUAAACUAUGAGUCUGCUUGCCUGAUGCCUUCUGCUGAAACCUAAAUAGAGAAUAUCUUUGUAGGUUAAUGCAAAAUGUUAAAUUAAUGGAGUGCUAAGAUGAGA